AUGUCAAUCAGUUCCCUAACUGGCCUGAUGUCGAGUUAUAUGCCCCUCUCCGAUCGCAGUCCUUCUUCGGAUGAUGAAAAGGACCCUCGUUCUCAACUUCGACCGGAUGUCGAGACGGGGAACAACACAAACCGUCGCGAUGACUCGGACCGAAAGUCUUCCCGCUUCAUUGACGGGCGCACCGUGUCCGAUGCCAUUAUCGGUCUUUCCGACGGCAUGACUGUGCCUUUCGCCCUAACUGCUGGACUGUCUGCAUUGGGCGAUACCAAAAUCGUUGUUUUCGGUGGACUCGCAGAACUCAUCGCAGGAGCUAUAUCGAUGGGACUCGGUGGGUAUCUGGGUGCCAAAAGCGAGGAGGAGUCAUACAAAGCUACACUAAAAGAGACUAAAACGCAGACUAUGACGGAUCCCGCCUCAGUGUCUGACACCAUCUCCGACAUUUUUGAGCCUUACGAGUUGCCCUUUGAACUGGUCGCACAACUCAAGAAUCAUCUGUCUGACUCUCCUAUGCUUCCAUCCUUUCUCAUGAACUUCCACCACACUAUGCCCGAACCCUCCGGCUCGAGAGCUAUCAUUUGUGCUUUUACAAUUGCUCUGGGAUACUUUAUCGGUGGAUUCAUUCCUCUCAUACCAUACUUUUUCGUCGGACCCCAUGAAGCCUUCAUCGCCCUGCGGUGGUCCAUUGCUACCAUGGUCAUUGCGCUGUUUAUCUUCGGAUAUGUAAAAACAUGCUUUGUCAGUGGCUGGCGUGGUCGUCGAAAUAUCCGCAAGGGUGUCAUUGGCGGUAUACAGAUGGUACUGGUGGGUGGUAUCGCCGCUGGUUCUGCAAUGGGGCUGGUGAAGGGCUUCCAGAUGCUGGCGGAUGCUCACGAGAAGCAUCAGCAUGACUGA